CCCGCCCCCCUCGUCCCCCCAGCUCAGCUCCGGAGCCGCAGGCCGGGCCAGCGGGCCUGGGGCACGCGCCGCUCUCCUCCCCAGCGCGUUCUUCAGCCACCCAGGCCUUCCAGGACACAGUGGAGUGGGUACCAGGGGGACAGGGACGCCCCCUUCAUCAGGAGCCGUCGGGGGGGCGGACCCGAGACGAGACGAGCAGCCCCACUGGAGCCAGGCGCAGAGUCUGGGACGCAGUUGGGAGCGCAGAGGGCUGGCUCGGUGCCGCAGAGAGCAGCAGGCUGGGGCCGGGCCUCCUGGGUGACAGGCCCUGCGCCGCCGCCGGGAAGAAGGACGGGAGACCGGCGAGCAAGAGACCGGACCUAGGGUAGGGGCGGCUGCCUGAAUCCCUUAUGUGAGCCAGAGAACCAAGGAGUUUAGAGCAACGUUUCUCCCACCUCAAGACAGACGCUCGAUUUCCAGAGCAGCACCCUUUAUUGGAGACACCCGGGCCAGGAAGGGGUCCUUGGAUGCUGGAACACCACCCCUCACUCAUUUAACUGAGGCUGCCGGGCCUCACAGAGGACCGGGCGUGGGAAAGGAGGCGGGACAGCUCUUGCUGCCCUCCUGGGGAGAGAGGAAGUUCCCCGCCUGCUCCCAGGCCCAGGAGGAACUGGGCCAGUAAGAGUAGGGUCCUGGCCCCUGAGGCGGCAGCGGCCAUGUCACGGCCAGGCCAGGGUGUCAUGAUGCCCGUCACGGGGCUGGGCUUCCCACCGCAGAAUGUGGCCCGGGUGGUGGUGUGGGAGUGGCUGAACGAGCACAGCCGCUGGCGGCCUUACACGGCCACCGUGUGCCACCACAUCGAGAACGUGCUCAAGGAGGAUGCCCGCGGUUCCGUGGUGCUGGGGCAGGUGGAUGCCCAGCUGGUGCCCUACAUCAUCGACCUGCAGUCCAUGCACCAGUUUCGCCAGGACACAGGCACCAUGCGGCCCGUGCGGCGCAACUUCUACGACCCGUCGUCAGCGCCGGGCAAGGGCAUCGUGUGGGAAUGGGAGAAUGACGGCGGCGCCUGGACGGCCUACGACAUGGACAUCUGCAUCACCAUCCAGAACGCCUACGAGAAGCAGCACCCGUGGCUCGACCUCUCGUCCCUCGGCUUCUGCUACCUCAUCUACUUCAACAGCAUGUCGCAGAUGAACCGCCAGACGCGCCGGCGACGCCGCCUGCGCCGCCGCCUGGACCUCGCCUACCCGCUCACCGUGGGCUCCAUCCCCAAGUCGCAGUCGUGGCCUGUGGGUGCCAGCUCGGGCCACGGUGCGCCCACCCCCGGCCAGAACAACCUCAACCGGCCCGGGCCCCAGCGCGCCACCAGCGUGAGCACACGCGCCUCCAUCCCGCCAGGGGUCCCCGCGCUCCCGGUGAAGAACUUGAACGGUACCGGGCCGGUCCACCCGGCCCUGGCAGGGAUGACCGGGAUCCUGUUGUGUGCCGCUGGGCUGCCCGUGUGCCUGACGCGGGCCCCCAAACCCAUUCUGCAUCCGCCGCCCGUGAGCAAGAGUGACGUCAAGCCCGUGCCCGGCGUGCCUGGGGUGUGCCGCAAGACCAAGAAGAAGCACCUCAAGAAGAGUAAGAACCCCGAGGAUGUGGUUCGAAGGUACAUGCAGAAAGUAAAGAACCCACCUGAUGAGGACUGUACCAUUUGCAUGGAGCGGCUGGUGACGGCAUCCGGCUAUGAGGGUGUCCUUCGCCACAAGGGUGUGCGGCCAGAGCUCGUCGGCCGCCUGGGCCGCUGCGGCCACAUGUACCACCUGCUGUGCCUCGUGGCCAUGUAUUCCAAUGGCAACAAGGAUGGGAGCCUGCAGUGCCCAACCUGCAAGGCCAUCUACGGGGAGAAGACGGGCACUCAGCCGCCCGGGAAGAUGGAGUUCCACCUUAUCCCCCACUCUCUGCCCGGCUUCGCUGACACCCAGACCAUCCGCAUCGUCUAUGACAUUCCCACAGGCAUCCAGGGCCCUGAGCACCCUAACCCAGGCAAGAAGUUCACUGCGAGAGGCUUCCCGCGCCACUGCUAUCUGCCCAACAACGAGAAAGGCCGGAAGGUGUUGAGACUGCUCAUAACCGCCUGGGAGCGCAGGCUCAUCUUCACCAUUGGCACGUCCAACACCACCGGCGAGUCGGACACCGUGGUGUGGAACGAGAUCCACCACAAGACUGAGUUCGGAUCCAACCUCACGGGCCACGGCUAUCCGGACGCUAGUUACCUAGACAACGUGCUGGCCGAGCUCACGGCCCAAGGCGUGUCCGAGGCCGCAGCCAAGGCCUGAGGCCCCAGGCUGCCCAACUUCCCUCCUGCUUUGCCCCUGGUCCGGCACAUGCCUCCCUCCACCAGGUGUGUCCUGGUGGCCCAGGUUCAAGGCUGGAGAGGAGCCUGCGGAAGGAGCCGGAAGCGUUCCGGAUGUUUGGUUGGUGGCCGUUGGGAAUGAUCAGAGGAUGAAAGGCCAGCGGGCUCCGACCUGUAGCUCCCUGAGAAGGUCAGAGAGAGAGUACCGGAAACCACAGCGACCUCCCUACCAAAAAGACAGAGCCCCACCCCACACGCAAACACACGUGUCCUGAUGAACACAUGCACGCACACCCACGUGCCUCUACCUACCCCCGACCCCCGGGGGGAGGAGACAGGAGACCCCUGUGGAUCCAUGUGGAUCCCACCUGUGGCUCUAUCGCAUCUGUACAGGCUUGUCUGCCAGCAGGAAGAUUCAGGUCAAGCUUUAGGGGCCUGCUGGGACUCCUGGGGGAAACUUAGGAAGCUCAGUGUACCCCCAUCUCUAUCACCAACUGAUGGGCAAUCGUGGGCCCACGAGGUGGAAGCCCCCAGAUUGAGCAAUUUUGCAAAGGGACAGGCCAGGGAGAGGGUGACUAGAGGUAUUUUGUGCUUGUGUCUCUUCAUCCUUUGGGACACCGACCCCCUCCUUCUCCCCUCCCAUCCCCAGGCCUUAUGUCUGUCCCAGAUAAAGGCACUGUUCCCCUUUUCUCCCCAUUCCAUCCUCUUCAUCAAAUCGCUCCCAAACGUCGAGAUCCAAAGGUUGGAGCCUCUGGCUUCAGGAGUGAGACGAGGAGGCCUAGCUUAGGCCGGCAGGUCUUAAAAAGCAGACUGGAGAGCAAAGAGUCCAUUUCCCUUACUUGGGAGUGGGCCGCAGGGUGGCUGAUGGUCUCGGCCAACCAGGGGCCUGUUGCCCAGGCAACUCACCAGCUCCGCCUCUGUUGAUUGGCUGCCACGGUGGAAGUCAGCCAAGAUUUAAAAGGACGCCAGCGAUUGCUCUUUUGAAAACCUACCAGUCCCACUGUGGGUGGAGAAAUAAACGGUCUUUCUCCUCCUCUCCCAGUCUUUUCCUGCCAAGAAGCGGGGAGCGGGUGGCUGUGCCUGGGGGCCUUCCGUUUGUCCCAUCAAGGAGCACGUGACAAAAUGACCACCCCAGGACCGUUGCCCCUCUCAGCUUUGGGCAGCUGGAGAUGCAGGGUCCCCAUAAAUCUCAUCCUGGGACAGGCAGGGGAUGUGAUGGUGACAGAUGAGACCCUCCCAGUCCUAGUCCCCAAGAGGG